UGAUAGCAUAAUAUGAGGUGUGGCAAACAGCCACUCCAACAAAUUGGAAUUAUUAGCUUUCAAUUGCUACACGUUAUUGUGUGUACGUUCUUACUUUAGAAUUUGUAAAAAAAUAACAUUUGUAAUAUGGAUCCUAUAAUGGAUGUAAUCAAAAACUCCGAAGAGCCUGAAUGGCUUGAGAAGCAAGUAAUAGGGGGAUUGCGUCUUUGGCAACUUGUUUUUCUUUGUUUGGCUGCCGUCGCCACUUUAAUCGUAAUGGUGUGCUGCUGCUUCCGGUUCCGUAUUCCGAGGACGAAGCAGCAGAUAGAGGCGGACUACAAGCGGAGGAAGAUUGCUUCGAAGUUCAGGCAGCAGUUGGAAACCAUUCAAGACACUAAGAUGGACGCUAUGUCUUUGAAAGACGCCCUGGACCUUCUUCACGAGAAAACAAAAUCAGAGAUGAACAACGAGGGUCCGAAUCAGAAGUCGCCGCCCAGCUCCAUCAUGUCUCCGCAACAAAGUUCUCUCGAUGCGUCUUACCAACCCGAGGGCGGGCAGAAGCCCGAGCCGCAGGUGUCAGGGCACUUCGCCAAGAUCGCCAACAAGGUGGCCGCCAUCUCCAAGCUGGGACAUAAGGCACCGGCUUCGCCUAACCCUCAGAAUAACAAUUAAAGACGUAACCUGUCCGCUACUAAGCAGUCUAAUACUAGGUACCGGUUAUUUGAAUAAGUCUGAAAUUUAAAUGGCCAAUUUUGACUCAAACUAUAGGUUCAUAAUUAAACUUCAUUAUUCUUUUGUUCGCGCGAAUAAGUUUACGUACCGACAACCUAAUCUUGUGAUGGUGAUGUAGAUAAGCAAUGUCAAGAGGCCGCGAAUUAUAAAUAUCGCAGUAAGUACUUACUUAUCGAUUGAUUUCCCGCUCGUCUUGCACAGUAACGUCAAACAGUAAAUUAAAAUCAUAUAUUUUUAUAUACUUAUUACAUAGCACUAUGUUUUCUUGUGUUUAUACCCAAAAUUUCGCUGUUCUUGUAAAACAAUCUUGUAGAUGGAAUAAAAGCUAUUAUUGCAGUAGAAUGUUUUCUUUAAUCUAGAAAAUAAAAAUACAGUAUAAACGGAUUUUAAAAAUUAUAAGAUUAAUUACAUAUUCACAAGUAACCAUCGUAUUCUGGCUGCUGUUACAUAAUCUUGUGUUAAAACUGACAGUAAAAACAAUGAUCCCAUUGUAAGCAAUACUUUAAAGCAACAUUUAACUUACAUUUUAUAAUACAUAAAUAAUACAUCUCGCAAAUAAAAUUUCAUAAUAUUCAAGUUAGCUACAAAAUUUUAUUUAACCACGUUAAAUUGUUUCUACAUGCUUCUGGUACAUCCCGAUCCUCCACAUCCGUCCACGUGGUUCCGACGACGGCUGUCACGCUUUACAACUAUGUCUCAAUUUUAUUAAUUUAUUUAUGACUUAGUAUUAGUAUUACUUUAAAAUUUAUAUAAUACCCACUGAAUCCCAGACGAAUGUUCAGACAGUCCAAUGCUUCAGUCCAUCUCUCGAUUCAUGUUAGAAACUCACCUAAAACAAACUUAUUUGGAAUGGCCCAAGUUCAAACCGGAUUUAAUUGUAUGUUAUCAUCUGAUAAGUCUAUUAUUUUGGCGGCUCCUUGGUGUUGAAUCUUUGAGCAAUACAUUUAAGUGCAAAUAUGAAUUUACAAAAUGAUUGUGUCUGAAUUUAUAAAGGAUGCCUUGGCACUAACUACAAGAAAAAAAAACAACUUACAACCAAGAAAAUAUUUUGCUAAACAGAGCCUAUUCUCUUCAAUCAAAUUAAAUGCGAAUUGGCAUUCGAAUAGUGUAGUCGAAUUGCACAAAACAAGAUACAAGAGUAUCGAUCACUAAACUAGCGACUCUACGAACCGAGCUCGACGUCCACUCAGCGACGAUAGUAAAUAAGGCCAUUUUUAUGAAUUCCAGUGGAAGAAUCUAUUGAGAAAUAUUAUACACUUUCACUUACACUUUAUAAACGAAUCGGACCUACCUAAAACGAAAAGUGCAACCUUUAUUAAAAUUAAUUAUUGUUCAUAUAUUGCGAUAACAUUUAAAACUAAAUAGAA